AUGACGCCGCGGCGGCGGCUGGCGCUGCCCGCGCUGCUGCUGUGGUGCCUGUGCGCGCUCCCGGCCCCGGCGCGGUCACAGAGCGCGGCCACGCCCGCGCCGGCGUCCAACGAGGGGUUCAACUGCACGGCGAACGCCACGUACCCGUGCCAGGCCUACGCGCUCUACCGCGCGGGCUUCGGCGGGGUGCCGCUCGAGUUAGCGGCCAUCGGCGACCUCUUCGCGGCCAGCCGAUUCAUGGUCGCGCACGCCAACAACCUGUCCACCUCGGCCGUCCUGGCCGCGAGGCAGCCGCUGCUGGUGCCGCUCCAGUGCGGGUGCCCCUCCCGCUCGCCCAACGCGUACGCGCCCAUGCAGUACCAGAUCAACGCCGGCGACACCUACUGGAUCGUCUCCACCACCAAGCUGCAGAACCUGACGCAGUACCAGGCCGUCGAGCGGGUGAACCCCACGCUGGUGCCCACCAACCUCGACAUCGGCCAGAUCGUCACGUUCCCCAUCUUCUGCCAGUGCCCGACCGCCGCGGACAACGCCACCGCGCUCGUCACCUACGUGAUGCAGCCGGGCGACACCUACGCGUCCAUCGCCACGGCGUUCGCCGUCGACGCCCAGUCGCUCGUCUCCCUCAACGGGCCCGAGCAGGGCACGCGGAACCUGAGCUCCCCGGAGAUUCUGGUGCCGCUCCGCAGGCAGGUGCCCGAGUGGCUGCCGCCAAUCGUGCGCGUGAACAACAUCUCCACGACGCCCGCGUCCCCGCCGCCGUCCAAUACGCCUGCCCCACCGUCGUGA